AUCAAAUUGGUCCCCCCUUUGCACAUCGUUCUCCUUGGAAAAAGCUGUCACAGCAUUUUUUCUUUUCUUUUUUUUUUUUUUUGCUGUAAUGUCAGGGCGCGGGAAGCAAGGCGGCAAGGCGCGCGCCAAGGCCAAGUCGCGGUCUUCCCGCGCCGGCCUGCAGUUCCCGGUGGGGCGUGUGCACCGCCUGCUGCGCAAGGGCAACUACGCGGAGCGGGUGGGGGCCGGCGCGCCGGUGUACAUGGCGGCCGUGCUGGAGUACCUGACGGCCGAGAUCCUGGAGCUGGCAGGCAACGCGGCCCGCGACAACAAGAAGACGCGCAUCAUCCCCCGCCACCUGCAGCUAGCAGUAAGAAACGACGAAGAACUCAACAAGUUACUCGGAGGUGUCACCAUUGCUCAGGGCGGAGUGUUGCCCAAUAUCCAGGCGGUCCUGUUGCCUAAGAAAACGGAGAGCCACAAGCCGGGCAAGAACAAGUAA